AUGGACGAAGCUCUAGCCAAACACCGAGAUGCGCUUAAGACCAUCGUCGCAUUGGAUCCAACACUCUCUAGGAUAAGGCUCGGACUCGAUGCCUACGACAGCCCGACUCUGAAUAGAUAUGCCGACACAUUGGCGGACUCUCACACUAGCUUGCGGCGUGCAUGCGAGCAGCUUUCGACUGCUGCCAUCGAGUUUGGCGUAAGCGCGGCAAAUGAGCAGGCUGCGCUUAAUGCGAAGCUUGCAGACCUUCAGGCUGAGGUGCGCGUGGCCCACCGGAACGUACGAAACCAUCAGCAGAGGUUUCAAGAAUUGCAGAACAGUCUGCAAGGCCAGAGGGAGGACGUCGAUAGACUGCAGCAACGGUGCAAUAGCUACAAAGACGCUCUUCUUGCUGCGGAUGAGAACAUCCAGGAGCAGAAGCAGACUAUAGACGACUUGAAACGCAGUCUGAGUCUGGAACGCCACAAGCGUGACCUGCAUCUCCACGUGCCCGUAUCGCCGAGUCUCUCCCCGACGGGCAGACCCAGUACAGAUUCUGGAUUUUCCGAAGUCGCUUUAGCGUCAUCACCAGGACAGGAGACUCACCAGAGGCUCGCCCACGAUCUCUUCGAGGACGGCGUCAGAGAGUACACUAGUGGCAAUUUUUGCGCAGCUCAAGGCCGCUUCAAAAGCGCCCAGGACAUCAUCAACAGCUUGCCGAGACGCUUGAGUCAACCAGUCGACGUCAUGCAGCUCGCAUACUACCGCACUGUUUGUGAGGCUGAGACAGUGGGCAGUCAAGAAGGCAAGCUAGCCCUUGUUAACUUCCUUCGCGCACAUAACCAAGUGCCUGCGCGACAACUUGCCCACGUCCGGCAUUUGCUUGCUCGCAACAGCGUAAAGCUGAACCAGCUGGACGAUGCAAAGGACCACUGUCUUGCGGCAGUGGGAGUCCGUCAUCAGCUCGACGCUGCAAGCGACGAGUACUUCGACUCGUUAGCGCUGCUCGCCCGCAUAUAUACAUUGCUGGACUCCGAUACCCUCGCAGCAACACUCAUCGCUCACUGUCCAGACAGCCAGAGAGAAACCGUCCGGAGCAGGUACGCUCACCUGCGCGCCGAUCGAACCUCAUCGCUGCAGACUGGAACGGGCACUCAGGCUGCACCUGGCACGCAGCCUACACGGCCGCCGACCACCUUGAAACCGACAGCGCCGUCAGUGACACGACGCGUGACGCCACCACGCCUUCCCACCAAUCCAGCCCUGAGCACUGUCGCGAAUGCCACGAGUAGUGCGAGCAGCAGGAGGCGCAGGCAAGCUCAAGCGGCUGAACAAUUACCGUGGAUCUUCCGGUACUCGCUUAGGUUGAACAAGUACUCACUACCAGAGUGA